AUGACCUACUCCAAGCAAAUGAAGAGGAAGUUGCUGGAGGCCGCGCUGCCACAUCCUCCAAGCUAUGAAGAUGCAGUUUCGCCCUUAGCAUCACUGUCGGUAACAUCUCCAACGAACCCACAAGACAUUGAUCUCUUUUCGGCAGCAGAGGCACUCACAAGGCUCAACACGCUGAAUGGCCUGGUUGCUCUGACACCCCAUAUGCUUUCUCGUAGUCCCUCGGUGCUGUCGCCAACCGAUGUCAACCAACAGGUGCAUCCUAUUGUGCUGCUGGUCAACGCCAUGACGAGACUUCCCAUAGUCACCAAUGCGGUCAAGUACUACGAAACGUCGAAGCGUAAUUAUGCAACAUUCAAUUAUGCUGCUGCAUUUGUCGAGAAGGCGGCCAUUCCUGUGUUCAGUAAGAUCGAGGUCAACCUCAACAACAUUCAUCAGGCUAGACAAGAGAAGGCCAAGAAGAAGCGUCGUCUAGACGCAAGCAAUCCCAAGGAUAAGAAUGAAACAAAAAAGAGACUUAAGUUUUGCUUGCACGUCCUCAAACUUGCAAACGAGAAUAUUAGUUCUAAAGUGUCCGAGCUUCAACUACGAAUUACUGAGUCUCAACAGGAGAAGGAAUUAGAGAAGGAGAAGGCUCAAAACAAUGCAAACGAGAAGAAUGGCGACCGUUCCAAGACCCCGGAGGUCCUGGCUGCAACUCCAUUGAAAUCUACUGAUGUGAAAUCGGAAUCUGCUUCUGAGAAGUUUGAGGACAACGAGUUGACCAGGGUUUCCAGCACUGUGCCAGAGGAGACUAACACAGAGAUCGUCAAGACCGUCAAAAAGAUCAUCCAUAUCAUUUCUAAUUUCCGUCCAAGCUCACUUAACGGAAGCGAGGAGGGCGUGGAGUCUGCUCCAGGCGCUAGAGACGAUGAUGUCAAAUUGAAAACUACAAUCCGGAGCAUCAUUUUGAAUUUACCCAACCAAAUCCAGAAGGCAAAUAGUGGGCCUCUGCCCUGUCAAGACCGUGUCAUGGAGUUUGCCCGCGAGUCUUUAGACAUGAUCAGUCUGUUGACAAAUGUAUUCAACGAACAAUUGCAGAAAGCUGAAAACUGGGUCGAUGGACCUGAGACCGUGGCUGCCGACUCAAACGAAAAGGAAGCCAAUGCCAGCGAGUUCUCCGAUGCAAUGGAAGUCAUUUCCGAGAAGCCUGCUGAGAAACCAAUAUGA